CUAUCUGACAAAUGUGACUAAGUACAGCCUAGCUACUGAUCGACAAGGACGAUGCGAGGCGUUUCUAUCUGUGCAGUGUUCCUGAUAUUAACAGUGAAAUAUUCAACCCAGUUCUGCAAGAAACCAAAGUUUAGUUUAUGUGGAGUAUGUGAGACGGACGAUGUCCAUAAAGUCUGUGGAAAUGCCGAGUUUUCGUUGACCAGGCCGUACUGCUUUAGGAAAUCUAUGUACCGCGCGGGCGGAGCGGUUAGGGUACAGAAAGGGUAUGCCAGUGAGGCGGAGUGUCGCGCCAAUGCCGCUCUGAGUAGCGUCAGUAUCCCCGCAUGUCGUCACGCUCACCCUCCAGCCGGGACAGUUUGUUACGACUGCUGUAUCUCGUGGAACUGUCGACCCGAUCAGGAGCUGUGUAAUGAGAACUUCCCCGUGAAUGUCUCCGACAUAGUGUUUGGAGGUCGACCAGGAAUAGUCACAGCCGCACCUACAACAUUACCGACGACAACGACAACUCCAACGACGACGACAACAACUCCAACGACGACGACAACAACUCCAACGACGACGACACCAACUCCAACGACGACGACAACAACUCCAACGACGACGACGACGACAACAACUCCAACGACAACAACAACUCCAACGACAACAACAACUCCAACGACGACAACAACUCCAAUGACAACAACAACCAGCACCACUACCGCGGCAUCCACUACAAUGAUGCCGAGGGGCAGUAAGUGCCAGGUAUGUCGUAAGUCGGGAGCAGAGAACUGCUACCUUGAUCAGGAACAGUACUGUCCGGCAUCCAAACCACUGUGUAUGAACACCAUCAUGUUUAAGGAAGAUGGGUCCAGGAGUGUGGAAAAAACUUGUGAGACAGAUACGAGGUGUUACUGGUCGUACUGGGUAGGACAACAGAACGACCCGGUCUGUAGAAACAUCAGUAAUGGUGCCAACAUCACUAAGAACGUCUGUCACUACUGUUGUAAGACCGAGCCUAGCAAGCUCUCCUGUAACGUACCCGACUUCCCCCUCGUCAACCCCAUCAUCUACCAAAAACCGGCCAACCCUACAGGGAAUAUGUGUGUUACUGGCGAGAAAUACGCAGGCUAUUAUUACGUUAACUGUAGUGCUGACAAGCCUUACUGUUUGAACGAAAUCUUCUACGAAAGAGGCGCCAUAGUGGACGUCAACAAAAGAUGUGCUUCGAAAACUACGUGUAUCGGGGAAUGGUGGAAUAAGAGCCGGAAGACGUAUGCGUGCGCAACCGGAGAUGUGUCAAACUUCACUGCGUCUGAUCAAAAUCUCGUCUGUGAUAUAUGCUGUCUCUCGGAUGCUUCUGGUCCUUGUAAUAUAAAACACCGCCCUGAUGAAAUCUACCAAUUCAAGAUAGAAACAACACCGGCACCGGUGUCGUCUAUUCCGACGACCACGCCUACCUCGCCACACCUCCCAACGUCAGCUUUGCCGAUAACUAAAACCUCUAGUGUCUCCGGGCCCAAUACGCCUGCGUCCACUUCUCCUCAGAGGAUUUCAACACCACAGCCCACCUCAGCAUCAACCGAAUCAUCGCCUACAACACCACAGUCUACCUCAACGUCUACCAAAUCCACCACAACACCAAGGUCAAGCACACCAUCCACCGAAUCCACUACUCAUACCCAGCCUACUACACAGGCGCAAU